AUGGCGGCCGAGAAAGACAUCCACGAUGGCGUUUCGACGCCCGAAACCACCCAAGUCCAUACUGGAACCCCUAGCGGUGGCCUUCCCCCUGUUAGUGGCAAGGCUGCCACUGCAUAUGGCGAAGGCGCUCUGAGCCAUGGAGCGGCUCAACGUGACGAGAACUUUUACACGCGUAACGGCCUCAACUUUGAGUCGUUCAAGCCUCGCGACUAUGGUCGCGGCAUCGUGGAGCUUGACCGUACCAUGAAGUCGCGUCAUCUUCACAUGAUUGCUAUCGGCGGCUCCAUUGGUGCUGGUUUCUUCGUCGGUUCCGGAGGUGCUCUGAGCACUGGUGGACCUGGAUCUGUUCUGAUUGAUUUCAUGAUUAUUGGUGUCAUGAUGUUCAACGUCGUCUACGCUCUUGGUGAACUCGCUGUCAUGUACCCCGUGUCCGGUGGUUUCUACAUCUACUCAUCCCGCUUCAUCGACCCCUCUUGGGGAUUUGCUAUGGGUUGGAAUUACGUAUUUCAGUGGGCCAUCGUCUUGCCUCUCGAACUAACUGUAUGCGGCUUAACUAUCAAUUACUGGGAAGGUGCCAGGGAAGUCAGUCUGGCGGUUUGGAUUACCGUCUUCUGGGUCGCCAUUAUCUUCAUCAACAUAUUUGGAACUUUGGGAUAUGCCGAAGAGGAGUUCUGGUCCUCCCUUCUCAAGCUCAGUGCGAUUUGCAUUUUCAUGAUCGUCGCAUUUAUCCUUGUCCUGGGGGGUGGCCCUUCCAACGGCCGCUACAACGAAUACUGGGGAGCUCGAUACUGGUACGAUCCGGGUGCUUUCCAAAACGGAUUCAAGGGCUUCUGCGGCGUGUUUGUCACUGCUGCGUUCUCUUUCGCCGGUACUGAGCUUGUUGGAUUGGCUGCUGCUGAGUCCGCAAACCCGCUAAAGUCUCUUCCUGGCGCCAUCAAGCAGGUGUUCUGGCGUAUUACCCUUUUCUAUAUCUUGGGUCUCUUCUUUGUCGGCCUCCUUGUUCCCGCUGACGACCCUACCCUCCUUGGUGCCGAGAACGCAUACGCUGAUGGUGCUUCGCCUUUUGUCAUUGCUGCCAAGCAUGCUGGAUUGAACGGAUAUGACCAUUUCAUGAACUGCAUCAUCCUGGUAUCUGUUCUAUCACUUGGAGUUUCCUGCGUUUACGGAGGCUCCCGUACCCUCACUGCUCUUGCGCAACAAGGCUAUGCCCCCAAGAUCUUCAGCUAUGUCGACAAGGGCGGUCGCCCCCUGCCAUCGGUCGUGGUUCAUCUGGUUUGCGGCGCCCUUGCCUUCAUGAAUCUGGAUGCUGACGGUGAGACCGUCUUCAACUGGCUUCUCAACAUGUCUGCUCUGGCUGCUCUGUUCACCUGGGGAUCUAUCUGCCUGUCCCACAUUCGCUUCCGCAAGGCUUGGGCGUACACUCCGUUGCGUUGA